AUGUCUUCCGCCCCCGCCAAGAGAGAAUUCCUCUGCAUUUUGCCCGACAAGCCCGGUGCGCAGGCCAAGCGCCUUGAAGUUCGGCCGUCACACCUCGAAGGCGUCAAGCCACUCGUCGCAGCCGGUUCGAUCGUCGCAGGUGGCGCCAUGCUCAAUGCCCACCCCGCCGACGGCGAAACCCCCUCGUUCAAGGGAAGCAUGAUGAUGGCUGUGGCAGAGAACGAGGCGCAGGUUCUCGAGCUGCUUAAUAAUGAUAUCUAUGUUAAGAGCGGCGUGUGGGAUAUGGAGAAGGCGCAGAUCAUUCCGUUCAAGUCUGCUGUUCGUGAGGCUCUGUGA